AUGGCUUCCCAGAGUCGUACCUUGGCAGUGCUCGUGGCCGCAGUGUGCUGCGUGGCUGUUCUUCGCAGCUUCUGGGCACCGAGCCAGCCGACGUUUGUGGUUCCUCAGCAGAGCGUCCACAUGGGUUGCCAGGCAUUGUCUGGUGGUGCUCUGGCCUCCGGCAAUGUGCCUGCCAUCGUCAACACAGUGCCAGCUCGCCCCGGUGUGCCGGCCCACUUCAAGGUGACGCUUGAGACUCCCGAUGGCACUCAAUCUUUCGAAUGCCCUGAGGAUGUAUACAUUCUGGAUCAGGCUGAGGAGGAGGGUUUGGAGCUGCCGUACUCCUGCCGAGCGGGCUCUUGCUCCAGCUGCGCCGGGAAGGUGCUGGAGGGCGAGAUUGACCAGAGCGAUCAGGCCUUCUUGGACGAUGACCAGAUGGGCGAGGGCUUCUGCUUGACCUGUGUAACGUACGCCACCUCGGACGUCACCAUCAAGACCCACUGCGAGGACGAGUUGUGA